AUGAAGUUUCUUAACGGUGCAGUGCUGCUACUUGCAGCUGGCGUCUUUGGCAUCAAGAACCCAGUCCUUCCAGGAUGGAACCCCGACCCGGCAAUCCUCCGCGUUGAGGAUACCUACUACAUGGCCGUCUCCUCUUUCACCUACUACCCUGGCAUCCCUAUCUACAAGUCCAAAGACCUUGCCAACUGGGAACUCAUCUCCCACGCACUCAAGACGCCCGAGGUCCUGCCAUUGUAUGGCGUCUCCGCCGGCGAGGGCGUCUGGGCCCCGUCCUUCUCGUACCAUGACGGCCUUUUCUACAUCACCUCCAUGACCCGGUGGGGCUCCGACCCAGACUCCCGCACCUGGCCGCGGAUCUGGUAUAUCUCCUCCCCGGACCUCGUCACCUGGUCCGACCUCGUCUGGGCCGAGCCCUACGGGAUCGACCCUGAUAUUUUCCACGACCCCGUCACCGGCAAGAACUACCUCAACCUCAUGGGCCCAAACAAUAACUACGACCGCCUCUGGGGCAUCACCCAGUGCGAGAUCGACCUCAAGACGGGGAAGUGCGUCGGCCCCUACCGCAGCCUGUGGAACGGCACGCUCCCGCAGCUCCCAAGCGCCAGGCCCGAGGGCCCCAAGAUGUUCAAGCGCGGGGAGUGGUACUACCUCGUCCUUGCCGAGGGCGGCACGAGCACCGGCCACCGCGCGACGGUGGGCCGCUCAAAGUCUCCCGAGGGGCCGUGGGAGUCGUCCCCAACGAACCCCCUGAUCUUCAACGGCGCGAACCCGAACCUAACAAUCCAGUCAACUGGCCACGCGACCUUCACUGACACGGUCGACGGGGAGUGGUAUGCGUCGCUCCUCGCGCGGAGGAACGUCAAAGGCGCGUCCCCGCUUGGGCGCGAGGCGUUCUUGGUCAAGGUGGACUGGCAGGACGACUGGCCGACGAUGAACGGCGGGGAGCCGCUGUUGCUUAGCCAGAGCAUCGAGGGGCCUGACCAGGACCUGCCCAAGCCGAAGUGGGUUGAUGGGUUUGAGGGUCCAGAGUUGGGAUUGGGAUGGUACCAAACGCGGACGCCUUAUACGGAGAACUUCCGUCUCAAGUCGGCCGGCGAGGUUGAGAAGAGCGUGUAUGCCAACGCAUCGGGGAUUGUGUUUAACCCCAACGUCUUCACCCUCGGAGACCGCGACACGGCCGCCGCUGUGCUUCACAAGCAGACGUCGUUGAACAUGACCUUUUCAGCGAAGUUGCUACCGACGUCAGCAGGGUUGGGCCUGAGACAGUCGGUGGGUAUCUCGUCGUAUCUCAGCGAGGUCAAUCAUCAAGACAUUGGCGUAAGGGGAUGCUGGAACUCGGCCGGGUUAUGUGUGUAUGUUGACCUCUUGCCGACAUCCACCGGACCGGGAACGAGACCAAAUUCAACCGAGUACCCCCUGAACGAGUCCCGCAUUCCCGCAGACCUAACGCUUCACAUCCGCGCCAAGCCGCUCAAGUACUCCCUUGGAUACUCGCGCGGCAACGCGAAGUCCCCGACAUUGUUGAAGGAAUUCAGCGCCAAGCAGAUGGGCUCGAACCCUGGAUAUCCAAACUUUGAAGGAUCCAUGUUUGCUCUCUUCGCCAGUGGCAACGGAGAGCCAUGGCCGUACGAUGCUCCCGAGGUGGGCUUUCAGAGAGUCGAGGAGGUGUACUAUGAGGAGAAGCUUCCGGAUCAUGACGACUGGAGUUAA